AUGAACACGAGUUCCGAUCUGUCAAGUAAGUCCGAAGGUGAAACUGCUACUAAGGCCAGAUCUAGUAGUAUAAACUCACCCGAACGAUCGAGUUUAACGUUGUCAUCGCCUCGGAUUCCGGGGCGGGACCAAUCAGGGGCAAAUCCUAUGCCUGUCAACGAUAAGCGACCCUAUGUAGCCAGGGAUAAGCAUAAGCAAAGUACUGACACUACAAACCACAAAGCGGAUCUAAAGAUAGAAAAGGGGUGUCUUAUGUCGGCAACCAAUGGCGACGAAGUGAGGUUGCCAAAGCCACCAAAAGCGGAAGUAGGACAAGACGCCGGAGUCAGACGAUCGGAAUGCUUCAGGAACUAUCUCCAUACGUCUGCAAAUGAAAUCCAGAGAUGCCAGGCUUCCUUGCAGAAGUCCUUACAUAAUAAAACUUUAAAUGUUGCCUACAUAAAAUACCUGGAGAAAAAUCAGGAAGCCCUGAACAAGGCUAUUGACAAUUUUGAAAAGAGGAAAACAAACGUAAACCGUCAGCUGCGAGACGAAGAACGAGUUUCGUCUAGAACGUCCAAAAUGAAAUUUCUACACAGAUUGUCUAAGAUGUUCAUCAAAAAUCGAGAGAUAAAAUCUCAUAACUAA